CAUCGCAGAGCGCACAUCUGCACCACCAGACAAAGCCCCCAAACUCAUCGCUCCUUUCUGACAACAUUUAAAACCACACUGCUCGCAUGGAAAGGAUUAUUUUAUCAGUUUGUCCUCCAGUUGAAGAGACUUAAACUUAAGCCAGUCCACAUUCCUUGGCUAACUAAUCGGCUUUUUAUUGGUUUAUCAUCUCAAACAACCGUCACAAGGUCGUCGAAAGCGCACGAUAAAAUGAUGAACAACAGAGACCGUUGGAGGGUGUACAAGAGGGUGAGUGUCAUGUUUUUCCUGGCUUUGGUGGCUCUGACUGCCGUCCAGAGAGGGAACAUCAAUAUGGGGGCUCCCUUUGAGUUCGAGAGGCAGGCUGGCAUGGAAAACUCUGAGUACCCUGGAGCUGAUCAGAAAGACAAAACUGCCUCGUACCUGGGGAUAAAAGGCUUCUGGAAAGCUAGCAAACGCCAGCUAGUGCCUAAAGCUCAAUCCACCACGCAGGAGCCCAGGAUCACUGAGGACAGCAGCCCCAAAACUUGGGACGUAACCAGCUCCAACUGUAGCGCCAAUCUCAACCUCACAAGUCAGGACUGGUUCAAGAGCCUGGGGGACAAUUUCAAGCAGUUUACACUUUAUCAACACUGCCGUUACUUUCCUAUGGUCCUCAACCACCCAGAGAAGUGCACAGGGGACAUAUAUUUGCUCAUGGUAAUAAAAUCUAUAGCCACACAGCAUGACCGCAGGGAGGUAAUCCGAAAAACCUGGGGCAAAGAGUGGGUGGUUGACGGCAAGAGGAUAAAGACCCUCUUUCUUCUUGGUAAAUCCUCAAGUGAGGAAGAGGGAGCGAACCACCAGAAACUGGUGGAGUACGAGGACUACAUCUAUGGGGAUAUCCUCCAGUGGGACUUCCUGGAUAGCUUCUUCAACCUCACACUUAAGGAGACUCACUUCCUCAAGUGGUUUCAUACUUACUGCCCAAGAGUACGCUACAUCUUCAAGGGGGAUGAUGAUGUCUUUGUCAACGUGGAGAACAUCAUUGAGUAUCUAGAAAGCAGCAACCAUACAAAGAACCUGCUUGUGGGGGAUGUGAUUUUAAAGGCUAAGCCCAUUCGUAAAAACGUAAGCAAAUACUAUAUCCCAGAGGUUCUAUAUAAUAAGACAUACUACCCUCCGUAUGCAGGCGGAGGGGGUUUUCUGAUGGAUGGGAGCCUGGCGAGGAGGCUUCACUGGGCGGCAGACACACUGGAGCUCUACCCCAUUGAUGACGUCUUCUUAGGCAUGUGCUUGGAGGUGCUUCAGGUCACUCCUAUAAAACACAAUGCCUUUAAGACGUUUGGCUUGGUGAAAAAUAAAAGCAGUAAGUUGAACAAAGAACCUUGUUUCUUUAAGAGCUUGAUUGUGGUGCACAAGCUGCUCCCACCGGACCUCAUGCACAUGUGGAAUCUGGUCAAUAGUGACCUGGUGUGCUCGCAGAAAGUGGAGAUCCUAUAGCUUAAUGAGUACACCGGGUAAGGACAGCACCAGAAAGCUGAGCUGUACCUCGGUGGAUACUAAGAUGAUGCAUGGGAGUCCCAUUAAACUCUCCUUCAUGUGGACAGGACCAUGGACAAUAUUUGAAUAUGCUGUUUCUGUGCAGUAGUGCAAUUUUUGGAGGAGUUUCCUCCAAAGGCUAGUAAAUUAUAUAGUUAUACAGGUUUGUUUUUUUUUAAUUGACCUAGAAUUGUGUAUUUAUAUUGGCAUUUUGAAGGACGCACACUGUCAGCAUGCAGAUUUAGAGACAACAACCAAAGUUGAGCUGCUGCAGCACCAAUGGGUGCAUAUACAGGCUUUUUAUUCUGUUGUUAGACCUAGUGCAAAAUUUGUGAUAGGUCCACCUCGUCACAGCCAUGCACACACCCCUUUCUCUUCCCCUCCCCAGUGGCCAACACCUAUUUUUCUCCUUCGUUCUGGAUUGACUCAGUGGAGGUUUGGAACCCAGGAACCUUGUGGCCGUGAGCUGUCACCAAAUCACCAAUGAUAGCAAACCUAUUAAUGUGAAUACCCUUCAAAAAUGUAAGGUAACAUUUAUUGUGAUGACAAGUGGUAAACAAAACCAUGAACAUGUAGUUGCGGUGUGUUGUAUUGCCAGAUAAGUCUGAGGGAAAUGUUUGGUUUACAUCUUAAAAAACAAAAGAGCAGUUAGUAUUAGAUAGUGCCCUUGGAGGCUUGGAUUUGAAAGCCAUUCUGCAUAUGCUGCCUGUAGUUAUGCUCAGUGAAAAUAACUUUUUGUUUUAACUUAAAAAGUAAGUUGCGUUAAAUUUUGAAGUUGACUGAAUCUGAAAAGACAGGUUGAAUCAUUCAAAAUGACCUUAACUUGUCUUCUCAAUUUCAUUCAACUUUAAUUUUAAAGGCAGCCAGGACACAAUCAUUUUUACUUAAAAUAAAUAGUUUAUUUUUACACAGUGGCAUUUUGGGUUUUAUGAAGUGUAAGACAUCACCUUCAGUUGGACCAGUAUGGUGUGCUGUAGUGGCUUCAAAUCAAGUAAGAAAACAAAACAACUCUCUCUACCUCAGUAAUUUGGUCAAAAAUCCUCUCCGUUUCACUAUUGGUCACCUUUUCUACUCCAAGUAUAACCAUGAUACCAUUAUCUCCAUGUGCAGUGCAUGUUCCUAAAGUAAGAUUUUAAUCACUUUUUGUAUCACAAAGGUCCUUGCACUCAUUUUUUUUGGAAUGUAGCUGACUUGAUUUGGACAUACUACUCCUUUACUACUGGAAACAUUUUUUAAAAACUUGUUACAUGUUUGUGGAUUUGAAUGUGCUGAUAUACUUGACGUGGAUUCAGUAGAGGGUUUACAAUGACACUGUGAACUAAAACUAUUGCUGGUACGAGUAAAUGACAUGUUAAUUUAAUCCCCGAUAAAAAGGGGCAAAUGUGGGGUUCUUGUAUUUAAUUUAAAGUGUCAGAUGAGCAUAUGAUUGGGAUGUUUAAUGAUUAUAAAGCCGUUUUGGGUGUAGCGGGUGAUGAUUAUUUUGUGGUGAUGUAAAUACAUGUAAAAAUUAAGGUGUACAUACAAUGUCUUUUGUAAAUAAACAUCUUAACAGUA